GCUGCUGCCGCCUCCUCUCAGUAACAGUAAUAAGAAAAGGGAAAGAAAGAAAGGGAAAAAGCAAAUGAAAUCCCAACACUCGACGUGGGUGCGGACAAAAUUAGAAGCAGAGCGGCAGAGGGAAGGGAGGGAAGGAAAGACAUAGAAGAUCAACAGCAAGGAAAGCAUCUGCAGGUGCAGCACAACACAGCAACCAUCCAACCAUAGCAACCAUCCAUCUUUAAAACCCACAGCCACAGCUAGAAGGAAAAAACAAGCAAGACAAAACAAAAUAAAGCAAUAGCAACAAGAUCUAGAGAGAGGGAGAAGUAGGGGGAGGGGGUUUGCUGGAGUCCUGCUAUGGAUUAUAAGCAGCAAUUGAGGGGAGCAGCAUGGCAGGUUUCUCUCUAGGUGGGAGCCACCGGCAAGGAGGCGAAGAAGAAGAAGAAGGAAUACCCCCAGAGAAUCUCUUCCUCUACAGCGGCAGCGGCAGGACCGAAGAAAUCGCCUACACCCGCGGCUUCGAGCUAUGGCAGCAGCAGAUCCACCGACACCAGCAGCAGCAGCAGCAGCAGCAGCAGCUGUAUCCCUCAUCGUCGACAGCCGCUCUUCUUUCCUUCUCGGAUGAGCCCCCGUGUCAUCCGCCCCAAUUAGGCGGAGGGGCACGGAUGAGAGGCAGCAGCAGCAGCAGCAUGAGCUGCCAGGACUGCGGCAACCAGGCAAAGAAGGACUGCGUCCACCUGCGGUGCCGCACCUGCUGCAAGAGCCGCGGCUUCCCGUGCCCCACCCACGUCAAGAGCACCUGGGUACCCGCGGCCAAGCGCCGCGAGCGCCAGCAGCAGCUCGCCACCGCCGCCGCCUUCCAGCAGCAGCAGCAAUCGCAUUCCCUCCGCAUCGCAGAGCCUUCCAAGAGGCCCAGAGAGAUCUGCCCCCGCCACCCCACCGCCAUCGCCACAAACACCUCGUCAGGAGGAGGCGGGAUGGACGCGCUGAGCUUCCCGGCGGAGGUGAGCUCGCCGGCGGUGUUCCGAUGCGUGCGCGUGAGCCCGGUGGACGAGGCGGAGGACGAGUUGGCGUACCAGACGGCGGUCAGCAUCGGCGGGCACGUGUUCAAGGGCAUCCUCUACGACCAGGGACCCGACUCCCCGUUCCAGCAUCCGACGACCCCUCGCCACCUUCACUACGGUGAAUCCUCCUCCUCUUCUGCCGCUGCUGGCGCCGUCACUACUGCAGCUGCUCUUGCUGCCAGUCUCGCUGCAAGCACCAGUGCUGGUGCGAGUACCGCGCCAUCUUCCACCGGACUGUUGGAUCCUUCGUCGCUGUACCCGGCUCCACUCAGUGCUUUCAUGGCCGGUACCCAGUUCUUUCCCCACCACCACAGACCCUAGCUAGCUAGAACUAAUUAAGCAGUCGGUAGUUCAAAAACAUUUUAGCAGGCCUAGUCUUUCACCCUUUUUCUGAGCCAUUUUAAUCUCAGUUUUCAGUGAAUGCAGCGUUGGACUCGAUUGAAUCUAACAAAUGCUUCGAGCUAGCUAGCUCUCUCCUCUUCUUUUUUCUCCCUUCUUUCCAUGCCUCGGACUUCUUGGGAUUGCCGACGGAUUUGAAGGAGUUUGAAAUGGGCGGCCACGACGCGCUGAGUUGGUUUGGUAAGUAGUUAGGCAGCAGGAAGACCCGGAAGCGAGCGGUGGGUUUUGUUUGCUUUGCUUUGCUCCAUAUAUUUAUUCUGUGAGGGAUGGAGGAUUAACCUUUGUUGGCUCAGUUUGUUUAUUUUAUCUGAGGGUCAUGUCUUCCAACCUAGCACUGCUAGUCUUUUGCCCAUGCAUGGCAUUCUGAGUACGGUACCCGAGAAAGAAAUAAUGGAAACCUUCUUUUUCUCGUUC